CGCGAAACAAUUUAUGAGGCUUAAGUUUAUGAGUCGCGGUUUCCGUAUGUUGCCAAGGCAUUUUGUUGCGAGAAUGUCGUCUUUUACUGAGUCGCCUGCAAAAGCUUCGCUGUGUUGCGAGAACAACACGGAAGAAGGAGCACCUCCUAGUUAUGCCAUGUACGAGGCCCUGAAGGACUCCUGCCAGAAUAAUGCAACGUACUUCCAACCCGAUGAUAGUGAGAACGGGCAGCGUCUGUACCAAGGCUUCAUGACCCUUAUGGAUCACAUUGACACUGUCUGGCCUCUUGUGGAUCAUGUUAGAAAGGUAGCGCCGCUAUACGAUUUCGACUCGCAUUCUCCGGGUAAUGGAUACCGAAGUUUCGUUUCUGUAGUAGACUCGUGUGUACUCCACGGCCUCAAGAUCAGUAGACAAGUUGUCACCAGUAGAGAUGCAUUGCUGUUCCGCAAAGGAUACUUUGUUAAAGAGGUGGAAUCCUGCGGUCAACUACUAGCAUCCCUGGGUACAUGUCUACAUCAUCUCCACACAUUAUUAUCUUGGGCCCAACCGGGAGACCUCUUUCCUACCGAACCUCAUUCCCCAGAAGAACUAUUCGCCCAAGCUGAUACCAUUAAUCAGUAUUGUUUCUAUGGACGUUGCCUUGGAUUUCAAUUUCUCCCCUCGAUGCGCGGUAUAUUAAAAGGCAUAUCUAUCUGCAUGGCGGGAUUCUCGGAAGCCUACUACAGUCACGGUAACCUCAUUAGCUCUGUGUGGACCGGUGGACAGUACCUUAUUGACCCGGAAAUGAGAGCACGGAGGAUUGUCAAUAUAUCACAGUCUGCUAGUGUUGAAUUUUGUAAAGCGUUCUGGUUUUUGGCUGAGAGUGAAAUAAUGAAAAGGGUACCUAGUCUAAUGUCAUCAACGGUGGCUGUAAAUAAGAUUAUCACAUUACCGCCCGAGCCUAUAACAGUGCAGAUGAGCGACGGCAAGGAAACGACAGUGCUGCCACCUACAGUUCAUAUAGGUUUACAAGGAUUGAAUCUGCGACUGAUUAGUGUGAAUAAGAGAGCUGGCAUGGCGGGAGAAGGUUCGUCUUCCCUUCCACCAUCAGAAGGCAUAGUAUUCCACUGUCACGGAGGUGGUUUCGUGGCCCAAAGUUCAAAAUCUCACGAAACGUAUCUACGCGAAUGGGCAGCAAAACUGAAUGUACCUAUACUAUCAGUGGAUUACAGUCUUGCACCGCAAGCGCCGUUCCCUAGGGCACUAGAGGAAGUUUUCUAUGCUUAUUGCUGGAUGAUUAGUAAUUUUAAGGAAAUUGGUACUACUGGUAAAAGAAUAGUGUUUGCCGGGGAUUCAGCAGGUGCGAACCUCAUAGCAGGAUGCACACUGAAAAUCUUGUCCACUGGUCUACGGGUACCUGAAGGAUUAUUUAUGGCAUAUGCUCCUUUAUUGGUCAGCUUUAUUCCGAGUCCAGCAAGACUACUGUGUCUGAUGGACCCACUGUUGCCGUUUGGAUUCAUGAUGCGUUGCUUGAAAGCUUAUGCAAGUUCAAAUGCCAGACCAAAAAGUGGAGAGCAAAAAAUGUCAAGUAAAGACAAAGAAAUCGCAAUGGGACCCAAAGAAAUUAUGAUGGCUUCCAACCCCACUACGCCCCCAGAAAGUAACGGUUUUCUUAAAGUCAGUACUUCACAAGAGGGCAUUAGCGAAGGCCCCUCAUCGUUCGAAGAAGUUUCUCCAUCAGAUCUGGCGGAGCUGCAGGCACACAAGUCCGGUAGCGAACGUCGGCAGUCGUCGGACACUACUAUUAGUGCUGCCUCAUUGCAGAGCGAGCAUAAUGCUUCAGGUAUAACACCACAAGAUGACAAAUCGCAACAAUUCGUGUCAGAUUUCCUCGAACGAUACGUCCUCGACUCCGAUACAGAUUCAGAGGGCAGGCGAAUACCAGUAAUUAAGCCUAAUGUGAUAAUGGCAGUUGCCAAUAAUGCACAAAACGAAUCCAACAGCCAUAAAGAAGCGUCAGAAGGUUCAUGUACUUGUACAUUAGUUGGGGAACCACCGUUAGUUGUCGAUGACGACGAUUGUAAAGAAAAGAAGAAGAUAAAAACAAGAUUAAGUGAAGCUGCAACUGGUAUUAUGGGUGCGAUGUCAUCAAGGUUCGCUUAUAUCACAGGAUCAAAUUCCAUCAGACCCACACAAGAAGAGCUAGCAGUAAGAACAAACCUGGACGCUUUGAUAGCGCGGAGUCCAUCAGACGAAUUCAUAUUCUCUGUACCACGCGACCCAUUCCUGUCUCCGUACUGGGCUGAUGAGACCCUGUUGAGCAAGUUUCCGCCCGUUAGAAUAUUGACAGUACACCUUGACCCGUGUCUGGACGACUGCGUAAUGUUCGCCAAAAAACUGAAGAAGCUUGGUAAUAUUGUCGGGAUUGAUGUGCUCGAAGGUCUCCCGCAUGGUUUCCUCAAUUUUUCCCUGAUGGCUAAGGAGGCGAACGAAGGAUCAAAACUUUGCGUAGAGCGAAUAAAACAACUAUUGGACUUAGAAAACACGCCACCUAACGACAACAUGGAGUUAUGAAUGUGCGGCCUCUGUUGUAGUACUUAAAGGACUUUUUUGCACGUUAACUAAGUGAGUGAAGCCUUCUACACUUAUGAUUGGUUAAGAAAAAUUAUGGUUGUCUCCUUGUCUCUUAUGGCGGUAACAUCACACUAAUUAAAACGAAAAUUUUAAAUUGUACUUUUCCAACUACCAUACACUCCAUUAUUAUUAUUAAUUGUAAUCUGAUUCGCAGCUU